ACACAACAAUUUUACUGGUCACCAACUGAACUUGGUUUUAUGGAAAGUGCAUUCUUCUAUGGCUAUGCUAUCACACAAAUACCAGGUGGCAUGCUUGCUGCUAAAUAUGCUCCAAAUUUAUUAUUCGGAUUUUCAAUACUCAUUGCUGCUAUAUUAAAUUUAUUCUUGGCGUUAGCAUUAAGCGCACAUCCACACACCGAUUUCAUUGUCCUUGCCAUACAAAUCUGUCAAGGCCUUUCAUUGGGAAUAAGUUAUCCGGCAAUGCAUGGUGUUUGGCGGCAUUGGGCACCACCAAUGGAACGCUCCAAACUUGCUACAACGACAUUUACCGGUGGAUAUCUGGGUGUAAUGAUCGGUCUACCAAUUUCUGCUUAUCUCGUUUCCUAUAUCGAUUGGUGUGCACCGUUUUAUUUUUUCGGUGCUGCGGGGAUAUUAUGGUUCCUAAUUUGGUUUGCUGUUAGCGCACCAACACCAGAAAUGAGUAAAUCAAUUUCGGAUGACGAAAAACGAUUUAUUAUCGAACAAGUCGGACAAGUUACAUCUUCACCAGCAACGUUGACAACGAUUCCAUGGAAGGAAAUUUUGUUAUCACCACCGGUUUGGGCGAUUGUUAUCAGUAAUUUCUGUCGUUCAUGGACAUUUUUCCUCCUACUCGGUAAUCAGUUAACUUAUAUGAAGGAUGUGUUACACCUCGAAAUACAAAGUGGUGGCUUGAUCUCAUCGUUACCGCAUGCACUCAUGUCGAUUAUUGUCCUGGCUUCAGGUCAAAUGGCUGACUAUCUACGUUCAACCGGUAAAAUGUCAACUCAAAUGGUUCGCAAAUUAUUUAACACAUUAGGUUUUGGUGGUGAGGCGCUAUUCCUCUGCUGUUUAUCUCUUAUCAGCGAACCGUCUGCUGCAGUUACCACAUUAAUAUUUGCUGCAGGAUGUAGUGGCUUCGGUAUUGUAGGAUUCAAUGUAAAUCACUUUGAUAUAGCACCACGAUAUGCUCCGAUUCUGAUGGGCUUCUCAAAUGGUAUUAGCGCUCUGGCCGGUGCCAGUGGUUUCGUUUUGGAACAUCUUGUCGCUGCGCAGGGUACCAAAGAGGGAUGGAGAACAUCAUUUUUAAUAGCAGCUGCUAUUGAUCUCGCUGCCAUGAUCACAUUUCUCGUAUUCGCUAAAGGAGAACUUCAACAAUGGGCCAAGGAAAAGGAGCCUCAGCAAAGCAUGGAAGAUAUUGUUCGCCGACUAUCAUAUAUAAUGCGACGAAUGUCAUCUCGCCGACGACCAGAAUCAGGAGUAAAGCAUAAACGACUGUGUGAAGAAGAUGAAGCCAAACGAGACUGGUCUACAGAGAAAACAGCAGAUAAGGAGAUCCAGGGAUUAGAGGUAAAACUUCAAAGCUUUAUGCCACCAGCUGAAGAAAAUUACAUCUAG